AUGUCCAAAUUUCUGCCAAAAUUGUUCAAAUCAAGCGAUCGUAAGAACUGGAGGAGAGACAUGUUGAUUAUUCCUCACCCAAACGAAGUGACCAUUUCGACAGAAUUCACCCGUGGUCUUGGCAGGCGACUUCCUUGCUACGACCUAAGCGAAAAUGUCAUCAUUGUCAAAGCUGAAGGAAAAUCAAUCAGUGCUGGAACAGGUGGCUCAGAUGAAGGUAGUCUUCAACUCAAAGAGAAGUCAGAACGCGGUUUGAUGACGCCCGUGGACAAAAACCCUCCAGCUGAGAGGAAGGAAACACUGAUGGAAUUAAGAAAGAGACGUCCUUCAGGGUUUAAAGAAUUCGAGAUUGCCCUUGGAUCGCAGGACUUAGAGGAAGAGGUUGCCUUACAGCUGUGGGAGGAUAUUUUCAAACCG